GGAGCCAGGGUAAACAGUUUUCCUGCUUGGAGCCGCCUCCAUUCGCAGGGCACUGGGGCAGGGCUCUGGCCGAGCUGCGCCGUCUGACCGGUGAGACUCUUACACCACGUGCUGCGGUGCGGGGAUCAACAUCCCUGGAGCGAAGAAAGCCUCUGUUCCAUGAACCUGAAACGUUUUCCAAGAAAAGUCACAAAAACUUCAUAGCGGUUGUACAGGAUCCUGCGGUUGGUAGGGUGACAGACCCAUGGAUGCGCCAAAGUUCUGGAUUCUCUGAAAGGUGAAGCAGGAACCAUAGAAGGAAGACCUAGUGGCUCGCAACCAUGCCAUUCCCUUUUGGCAAGUCCCACAAGUCUCCAGCAGACAUAGUGAAGAACCUGAAGGAAAGUAUGGCGGUUCUAGAAAAGCAAGAUAUCUCUGACAAAAAGGCAGAGAAGGCCACUGAGGAGGUUUCAAAAAACCUUGUUGCCAUGAAAGAAAUCUUGUAUGGCACAAAUGAAAAAGAACCACAGACAGAAGCUGUGGCACAGCUUGCUCAGGAGCUGUACAACAGUGGUCUCCUUAGUACCCUAGUAGCUGACUUGCAGCUAAUUGAUUUUGAGGGCAAAAAAGAUGUUGCUCAAAUUUUCAACAACAUCCUCAGAAGGCAAAUUGGUACAAGAACUCCCACAGUUGAAUACAUCUGCACUCAACAGAAUAUAUUGUUCAUGCUGUUAAAAGGGUACGAAUCUCCAGAAAUUGCUCUAAAUUGUGGGAUAAUGCUUAGAGAAUGCAUCAGACAUGAACCACUUGCUAAAAUAAUCUUGUGGUCAGAACAAUUCUAUGAUUUCUUCAGAUAUGUGGAAAUGUCGACAUUUGACAUUGCUUCAGAUGCAUUUGCCACAUUCAAGGAUUUGCUUACAAGACACAAGUUGCUAAGUGCGGAAUUUUUGGAACAACAUUAUGAUAGGUUCUUCAGUGAAUACGAGAAGUUACUUCAUUCGGAAAAUUACGUGACAAAGAGACAGUCACUUAAGCUUCUUGGUGAAUUAUUACUGGAUAGACACAACUUCACAAUUAUGACAAAAUACAUCAGUAAACCUGAAAAUCUCAAACUAAUGAUGAACCUUCUACGAGACAAGAGCCGUAACAUUCAGUUUGAGGCCUUUCAUGUGUUUAAGGUGUUUGUAGCCAAUCCUAACAAGACACAGCCUAUAUUAGACAUCCUUCUAAAGAACCAGACCAAACUUAUUGAGUUCCUCAGCAAGUUUCAGAAUGACAGGACCGAGGAUGAACAAUUUAAUGAUGAGAAGACCUAUUUAGUUAAACAGAUCAGGGAUUUGAAGAGACCAGCACAGCAAGAAGCUUAAUCUCCAGUAAACCCCUAUAAUAUUAAACCCAAGUUCAGCAUUUGCUGUUAGAUAUUCAGCAUCAGGCACUCUUAUCGAUUCAUGAGGAACAUUACUGCUAAUCUGCUGUUCAGUGAACGGUUUUUGUUUUUCUUUUUUAGUCCAAGUUGAAAAACAUAGCUGCUGCUUUCUUGCACAAUGUGGACUUUCUUGAUAUUUGUGUCAUUUCAGAAUUCAAAGACACUGCUUGUUUUAGGAGUCCUGAAAAGAAAGAUUCUAGGUUCAUGAACGCAAACAUAUAGAUACUAGUUUGGUUUAGGAAAGAAGGUAUUAAUGUAGUUAAGUAACAGGUUGCAUGCUUGCAAAUCUGAAUAAAUCUGUAUGUUUGCACUUACCUUGUUUGAGAUAUGAGCACAAUGUGACCUGUGCAUUGCUGGCACCCUAGUAUAAGAUUAUAUGCCUUGAUUUAAAAAAAAAAAAAGUGCAGUGCUUUAUUUGUAAUCAAAGGGGAAAUGUAUCUAAGAUGUGAGCUUAUUGGGAUAAACAGUUGUCUUGCAGAUAAACUGAUAUUGAAACUUAGCAACUUUUAAAAGAGUGAAAUCUCAAGGUUCAUAAGGAAAAUGUAUAUAUGCCUUUCACUGCUUUAUAGAUUUUUUUGACAUGAUUUGAUUUUUCUGAGAAUUGACUUGUAAACUUGGAAAUAUGUUCUAAGGGUUUUUGUUAAUUUUACUUUUAAAGGUAUUUCAGACAGUAGACCUAGCAGUGACAUUUUGCAUUUCAUUUCAACAGUGCUUGCUGGUUUCUUUUGUAUAUAACUCCUAGGCUGCUCAUUUCUUUAAAAUAUGAUUUAAUUUGUACAGCAGAGGAAUGUUAUUGUAUUAGUCUGUAACUAUUACCUAAUAUUGAGUUUUGCAAAAUGAAUGCUCAUAUGUAAUUGAAUACUUCAGAUCACAUGGAAAUGCUGAUUUAACAAUCUUAAGUACUGCAGCAUUAAAAGAAAAAAACACAACAAAUUCUUUGUAUUCACUUAUCUAAUGGGGUGCCAUCAAUUAGAGUAGGCUGAAAUAGAGAACUGGAACCCUUGAUACUAGAUUCUUACUGGAUACUAUUGGCCUUAUUCAAUUAAACUAGUGUUGUGCUCACCCGCUCUGCAAAUGGCAAAGAUUAUGCUAAAUUAAUAUUGAUUCCUCUUACUUCUGGGUAGCCUGCAGUGCAUCAUUUCUUUCUUACAGUAGGUAACUCAGUACAGUAGUUAUGAAAGCGAAUGAUUUAAUCCCCUCUGACUUCAAGAAACAUAAUUACAUAGAUGUCCUAGGGUAACAAAAGAUUUAAUUUUGUUGAUUUUGUUUUUUAAUGCUGCAAACUAUCAGUAUUUAUAAAAACAAAAAAACAACUCUGAUUUUGCACCAUGUUUUUGUUACUGUGACCAUACAAAAGGAAUCUACUAAAUAUAGCUAAACAAUGUUAUUAAAGUUGUAUUUAUCCAUCAUAUAGUAACGUUAAGAUCACAACCAACCAAACGUAUGGAUUGGAGUCUGAAAGUUCAAAUUCUGCAUGGCUGAAUCUGAUUGAGAAUGCUGUAGAAAAUGUUUGUUGCUUCCUGUCCUUUUCCUAAUUAAAAUAUUUUGCAGUCAGCAAAAUGAAACUCCUAAGUGACAUUUAAGCUGAUUUGAAAGCCUUCACAAGGGAAGUCAGCUCCAGAAAAUGAAGUGUUUUCACUCAGUAGUUUAAAAUUUCUCUUAACAUUAGAAUUGGCCUUUGGAAAUUCCUUAAUGCGUCCUUUGCAAACAGACUCAUUUUGCCUACUGGAAAGCAAAUAGCUUGCUCUUCGUGGAGAUCUCUUAUAGAGGCAGGCAAAAUUGGCCAUGAGGUGAUGAUAUAGUUCAGUACCAACAGUCUCUUAUUUUUUGGGUUUAUCACAGCUGAGUGGAAGAAAACAUCAUUUGCCAAGUUACUCACCAUAACAUGUAAGGCUUCCUCUCUAGAAAAAUGUAGAAGUGCUAAAAGAUUUGUAUCUGUAAAGGAGUGAGAACAUUUGGACUGGGUUAUAGGUUACUCUAUAUUAGGUCUUGGAAAUAAUGGCUAUGGUAACUUUUUUUAAUAUGUGAAAACAUUUGAAUGUUGGCUUUCGAAAAGAAGUUGUAUUUAAAUUAAAGCUCAUUUGACGUGCUCUUCGUAUUAAAAAAAAAAAAACAAAAAAAAGCUAUUGUUCUGGAAGUGGUUUCUUAUCCGCUUGAAGGCUUAAGGAUAUUACUACAAGUUAUUUAAAUGUGAGAGGUUUUUGGUUUUGUGUGUGUUUUUUUCUUUUUUUUUUUUUUUUUAAAUAAGAGAUGUAUACAAUUGUAAUUCUACUUCCAUGGUAGCAUUUCAUUUCCCCUGAGGAAAAUGCAUUUCUUAUCCAAAAAAAUCUGGCUGGCCCCAUAAUUUAAAUUGAAAUAAAAUUUUGAAGAAAAA